AUGUACUGGAGUAAGAUCAGGGGCAACAGCAAGAUUUCCAACAAGGUGCCCUUUGUGGCCGACCUUAAGCCCAGCGGCAAGUACGUCAUGGAAGACCUGCAGGGUGUGGGCGGCAUCCCCGCGGUGCUCAAGAUGCUCAUGGAGGAGGGUCUGGUGGAUGGCUCGUGCAUGACCGUCACCGGAAAAUUGCGCUAA